GUGGGCUCCGCCCUCGCCCUCGGGCGCACACCGCUGCUCGCAGACCAGACCCGGUCGCCGCGCGCUCCUGGCCUUGGCGCGGCUGUGCUCGAGCUCUCGCCCCACAGCCCGCUCGGCCUCCUCCCCCGACGUGACGGCCCGGCUGCGCCUCGCCAGAGCCGAGCACAAGGAAGAAAGUUUUGGAGUGCCGAGGGGAGUUGGGACGCCGGAGGAAGGGAGCCACAAGGGAAGCGUCUCCACUCCAAGUCAGGGCGGCCCUCGCCGCGUGCUGGGGACGCCUGUCCCGCAGCGACUGCAGCGGCCGGACUUCAGCCCUCCGACUGAAUGCGGCUGUCGGUCUGGGUCCGAGGCCGGCGCUAGAGGCUCGGCCCGAGGCCCUGAGGAACUUGUCUUGCGAGCUGUCGCCGUGGGCCGUCAUUGUCUGCAGGAACUCUCUGGAAUCGGGAGGGGGAGGACGGGAUCGCGCUGCCACUGGUUUUCGUCAGGAGUUCCGGCGGCAGCUGCAGCGGUUGUGGAGACUCCCUUUGUCCUCUCAGGACCUCCCUCUCCCCCUUUCUCCCUCCCUCUGUCAGUUGGUGGGUCCCGCUGCCCCAGGCGCCGGCGCCUCAGCUGCUCGCCGCCCCCCACCCCCGGGUGCGUCUCCGGUGAACCCCGCCACCUUCGCGUCUCCACCGAGCUAAGCCGAGCCGAGGGAGUUGCAAGCGGGAGGGAGUCGCAGGCCCCUGGUCGCAGGAUGGUGGCGGGGCGGUCCUCGGGCCGCAGUCCCGGGAGCUGGCUGUUCCCCGGGCUGUGGCUGCUGGCACUCAGCGGUCCCGGGGGCCUGCUACGAGCUCAGGAGCAGCCCGACUGCAAAAGAGCCUUUGAUCUCUACUUCGUCCUCGACAAGUCUGGGAGUGUGGCAAAUAACUGGAUUGAAAUUUACAAUUUUGUCCAGCAACUUACAGAGAGAUUUGUCAGCCCUGAAAUGAGAUUAUCUUUCAUUGUGUUUUCUUCUCAAGCAACCGUUAUUUUGCCAUUAACUGGAGACAGAGGCAAAAUCAGCAAAGGCUUGGAGGAUUUAAAACAUGUUAGUCCAGUUGGAGAAACAUAUAUUCAUGAAGGACUAAAGCUAGCGAAUGAACAAAUUCAGAAAGCAGGAGGCUUAAAAACCUCCAGUAUCAUAAUUGCUCUGACAGAUGGUAAGUUGGACGGUCUGGUGCCAUCAUAUGCAGAGAAAGAGGCAAAGAUAUCCAGGUCACUUGGGGCUAGUGUUUAUUGUGUUGGUGUCCUUGAUUUUGAACAAGCUCAGCUUGAAAGAAUUGCUGAUUCCAAGGAACAAGUUUUUCCUGUCAAAGGUGGAUUUCAAGCUCUUAAAGGAAUAAUUAAUUCUAUACUAGCCCAGUCAUGCACCGAAAUCUUGGAAUUGCGGCCCUCGAGUGUCUGUGUGGGGGAGGAAUUUCAAAUUGUUUUGAUUGGAAGAGGAUUUGCGUUGGGCAGUCGGAAUGGCAGUGUACUCUGUACUUAUACUGUAAAUGAAACAUACACAAAGAGUGUAAAACCAGUAAGUGUACAGCUUAAUUCUAUGCUUUGUCCUGCACCUAUCCUGAAUAAAGUUGGAGAAACUCUUGAUGUUUCAGUGAGCUUGAAUGAAGGAAAAUCUGUCAUCUCAAGCUCAAUAAUAGUCACUGCCACAGAAUGUUCUAAUGGGAUUGCAGCCAUCAUUGUUAUUUUGGUGUUACUGCUCCUCUUGGGCAUCGGUUUGAUGUGGUGGUUUUGGCCUCUUUGCUGCAAAGUGGUUAUCAAGGAUCCUCCUCCACCACCACCCUCUGCACCAAAAGAGGAAGAAGAAGAGGAACCUCUGCCUAACAAGAAAUGGCCGACUGUGGAUGCUUCCUAUUAUGGUGGUCGAGGGGUUGGAGGAAUUAAAAGAAUGGAGGUUCGUUGGGGUGAUAAAGGAUCUACUGAGGAAGGUGCAAGGCUAGAGAAAGCCAAAAAUGCUGUGGUGAAGAUUCCUGAAGAAGCAGAGGAACCCAUCAGGCCUAGACCACCUCGACCCAAACCCACAUACCAGCCUCCUCAGACAAAGUGGUACACACCAAUUAAGGGUCGUCUUGAUGCACUCUGGGCUUUGUUGCGGCGGCAGUAUGACCGAGUUUCCUUGAUGCGACCUCAGGAAGGAGACGAGGGCCGGUGCAUAAACUUCUCCCGAGUUCCAUCUCAAUAGAAGAAAAGCAGGGAGACCAAGAAGGAGAAAAUGAAACUCAGUGGUAGCUCGAUUCGUGACAUUGAAAAUAAAGAGGAGCGUCAAUCUGCAUUCUAUGAUUUAUACAAGAAUGUUGGUUUGAAUGUGUACAGAAGGAAAAAGCAGCAGCAGCAGCAACAUGAAGAUGGUGUCCAAACAUGGACCACAAAACCACUAGCCAUUGUGGGCCUUCAAUGGAGGCAGUAACUUUUUAAACAGAAACAUGGCACUUGUGUUUUUAUAUGUCAAGAUCUUUAGCCAUAAGUAGAGUAUGAAAUUUCCCACCAAGCUAAGCAAAUAAAGGAGUCCAUUGUCUUAUAGCUAUGUCAGAUCACAAAAUCCUUCUAAGUCCCCUAUCACAAUGUGCCUUACGGGAAGUUUCUGACUAGAAAAUCUUGUCAUUCUAACACUGAAAAGUGCACACGCAUGACAAAAUGUAGACAGGAUGCCUCAAGGUAUUGGUAGCAAGCAAGAUUUUGCCCUUUAGUUUUGAAGACACCUUUCUUUCAUUAUGCACUUGGGACGGGAAAAUUAAUAGAGCGUUAUUCCACAGGAAGAUAGCCUCUAACCACAGAUCUUGAGUGGAGUUUAAGGGACUCAUGAUUUGAGAACUUGUCCCUAUGACUGGUAGAUUUCCCCCUUUUCCUAUGUUUAGGAUUUAGUAGUGCAUAAAGCGUUAAUAUCUGUAAACAUACCUAGGAGUUUGUUUUGUUUUUAAUUUAAAGGAAGCAGUAACCACAAAGCUUCCGCUCAGGGUUUUUUCUUCCUUCAAGUCUCCAAGGGCUCUUCAGCGUCACAAGCCAGCAACUCUCUUUGCAUGAAAAUUUCAAAGUUUAAUUAAUAUAAUUAAAAGCAACAGCAAGCAGCAGCCUGUGAAGAUUUUGCUCAUCUUUUUUUAUGCCUUUUGACAUUGAAUGACCUAUUACUGUAUGUGCAUUACUUGGAUUUCGAGGGGCACUCUACCUUGGUUUUGAUUCAGUCAAGAAAAAAAGACUUCCUUUCUUCAAUUUAUAAGUUAUAUUUUCAGGAGCGUCACCAUCACAAAACAUUGAUGAUGUAUGUAUUAUCAUUUUUUAGAAAAACCACCAUCGUGUCACAUCGACGAUGCCAAAUUAUGUUAGCAUGAGCAGAAGCACUGUAGGGGAGGAAGAAGGCAGCAGCUGAAGAGAAAAGCUCAAAUGAUCUAGUCACUUUCGAUACUGUACUUCAGAUGCGAAAUGGAUAUUCGACGCGAAACCUGACAAAGCGCGCCUGCUUUGAUGUGAACUGGUAUAGACAAUGACCAGUGGCUGGGUCAGUGGGAUGUCUCUCUGCGAGCACAAAGGCUUAUCAAAUGACACUAAAAAUAAGUUCAACAACCAUCACAGUGGAAGGGAGAAGACGAAUAUUUCAUGUUUGGCGGGCAUGUGAGUGCACAAGAUGGAAAAAGCGAUUUGGAACAUCCUGGCAUAAUUACCCCCAUUGUGUUGCUCUUAAUGGAAAUUUCAAAGGACGGAAGUGAUUCUGUUGGUUGGUGUCCAGGUUUGUGGCACUGCUCCAAGAAGCCUUAUGCACACACAAAAAUAUAUACAUAUAUACACACACAUAUAUAUACCCUCUAGCUUGAAUCUCUUGCUCAAGUUUAUUUAUAUCACUGGCUGGCUGGAUCCAAAGUCAUGUGUCCACAUAUUCAUAAAUAAAAUUUUUACCUGU